UGCCGGCGGUGCGCUGCCGGGCGAGUCCGGGCGAGUACAGCGGCCGCGGGAGUAGGAAGCGCAGCCCGCCGGGAUCGCGAACUCCCCCCGCCGUCCUUUCUCCGCCUCCGCCCGGCUGCUGCCCCGCCAUGGCCGAAAAGGGCGAGCUAGACCUCACUGGGGCCAAGCAGAACACAGGCAUGUGGCUGGUGAAGGUCCCCAAGUACUUGUCACAACAGUGGAGUAAAGCCUCAGGAAGAGGUGAAGUAGGAAAACUAAGGAUUAUCAAAAAUCAAGGAAGAACAGAAGUGUCAUUUACUUUGAAUGAAGAACUUGCAAGCAUCAAUGAUAUUGGAGGAAAACCUGCUUCGGUCAGUGCACCAAGAGAACAUCCAUUUAUUUUGCAAAGUGUGGGAGGACAGACCUUAACAGUGUUCACAGAAAGUUCAGUAGAAAGCCAACCAGAAGAAAAAUCUGAAGGCAGCAGUGUUGAUAAACUGUCCUUGGAAGGAAUAGUGGUGCAACGUGCUGAAUGCAGACCUGCAGCUAGUGAAAAUUAUAUGAAACUGAAACGAUUACAGAUAGAAGAAUCUUCUAAACCUGUAAGGCUGUCACAGCAGCUGGACAAAGCCGUAACCACGAACUAUAAGCCUGUGGCUAAUCAUCAAUAUAAUAUUGAAUAUGAGAAGAAGAAGAAAGAAGAUGGAAAACGGGCUCGAGCUGAUAAACAACAAGUGCUGGACAUGCUUUUUUCAGCCUUUGAGAAGCAUCAGUAUUACAACAUUAAAGACCUGGUGGACAUAACCAAACAGCCAGUGAUAUACUUGAAAGAAAUCCUACGAGAAAUAGGCAUCUACAACGUGAAGGGGACCCACAAAAACACAUGGGAGCUGAAGCCAGAGUACAGACACUACCAAGGGGAAGAAAAGAGUGAUUAACAAAAGUGUUUAAUAAACAAGAGAGAAUCAGAGUGGCUGCACUGAGGGAACCGUGGUGGGUUCACAGACAGGACUGAUGCAGCGCUAAUUUUGCAAUGUUCAAGUUAAAGCAGCUGAUACUUUGUAAUUUUCUGUAGCUUUGGGUUGGUUUUUUUUCCCAAGGAAUAUUUCCCGUAUGUUUCUAUAAGUGUUUUUGCCUUUUGACGGAAAAUAACUGAUAUUUAUAGAAUAAACUUGUAUUAGAUUUA